CCUGCUGAGGCGCCAGCAGGUGGGAGGCCUAGCCGAAGAUGGCGGCGCCGGCGGAAAUGCUGGAGUCAGACCUGCCAGCCUCGCUGGCCCUUCUGAAAACCCUUCAGGAGCAGGUGAUGGCCGUGACCGCCCAAGUGCGGGCUCUGACCCAGAAAGUCCGCUCAGGAGCUCUCCCCACGGAGAAGGGUCUCAGCUUCAUGGAGGUGAAGGACCAGCUGCUGCUCAUGUACCUCAUGGACCUGAGCCACCUCAUCCUGGACAAAGCUUCCGGCCACUCCCUGCAGAGCCACGCGGCAGUCCUGCGCCUGGUGGAGAUCCGCACGGUUUUGGAGAAAAUGCGUCCGUUGGAUCAGAAACUGAAGUACCAGAUUGAUAAAUUGGUGAAGGCGGCGGUGACGGGAAGCCUGGAUGAGAACGACCCGCUGCGUUUUAAACCGCACCCCAGUAACCUGAUCAGCAAGCUGAGCUCCUCAGAGGGCGAGGAGGAGGAAGAGGAAGGCCAAGCCAAGGCAGCUGGGAAGAAGAUCCACAAAGGAGGCUCAUUUAGGAAAUACAUCCCCCCCCGCCUGGUGCCCGUGCAGUACGAUGAGACGGAAGCCGAGCGGGAGAAGAAGCUGCUAGAACGGGCCAAGAAGCGGGCGCUGAGCAGCUCCGUCAUCCGGGAGCUCAAGGAGCAGUACUCGGACGCCCCCGAAGAAAUCCGGGACGCCCGCCAUCCCCAUGCCACUCGCCAGAGCCAGGAGGAUCAGCACAGGAACGCCUACGAGGAGUCCAUGAUGGUGCGCCUGAGCGUCAGCAAGAGGGAGAGAGGCCGGCGUAAGCGGGCGAUGGCCAUGAGCUCCCAGCUGCAAAACCUGACCCACUUCAGCGAUAUCAGUGCCCUGACCGGGGGCGACCCCCAUCUCGAUGAGGAUCAGAACCCGGUAAAGAAGCGCAGGAAGGUGGCCAAGAAGGGGCGGAAGAAGAAAGGUUUUCGGAAGCGGAGGUGAUUGUGUACGCACGUGCACACGCCCAUACAUACAUAUUAAACAGGCCGGGACUCAUAGCUUGCCCUCAUUCGGGUCUCUGUCUAUCCGCGGCGACUGUUUUGCUCUGGACACUUUUGGGGAAUGCUACUUCUCUAUAAAUAAAGCUAAAUUCCUUGUAAUAA